AUGUCAGAAGAAGCCCAGGUUAAGGUCAGAUUUUUCACUAGAGAACAAGAUGAGAGUUUGCAGGUGGAAGACUCGACGCUUUUCGCCCCAGUGUCAUUGAAAAGAUAUGGUCUCUCGGAAAUUGUAAACCAUCUGCUGAAGCUGGAAAAAUCAGUGCCAUUCGACUUUUUGGUGGAUGGCGAGCUGCUGCGUACGUCUUUGGAGGCAUACCUGACCAAGAAAGGUCUUUCGUCAGAAACAUUACUGAACGUGGAAUAUACUAGGGCGGUCUUGCCUCCGUCCUACUUGAAGAGUUUCGACAACGACGACUGGGUUAGUGCUCUUGACGUGGGGAACUCAAGCAUUGUUAGUGGCUCUUACGAUGGUAUUGUGCGGACCUGGAAUUUGUCAGGCAAGAUCGAGAAGCAAUACGCGGGUCAUUCGGGUGCGAUCCGCGCAGUAAAGUACAUUUCCAGCACAAGGCUUGUUUCGGGAGCCAAUGACCGAACUCUACGUCUCUGGAAAACAAAGAACGAUGAUCUCAAGAACAACCUCACUGCCGAAGAAGAUGACGUUGAAGAAGGCAAAACUUUAGCUAUUUUGGAGGGCCACAAAGCACCCGUGGUUACUCUGGAUGUUCAUGCUGACCGUAUUUUAUCUGGUUCCUAUGACCAUUCUAUUGCUUUUUGGUCGACAAACCACAAAGACAUGACUGCCAUAGAUCCCAUGGACUUCUCCGCCACCUCCAUGUCUUCUGCUGCGAAAAAGAGAAGAAAGCUUGCUCUAAAGGAUGGCUCGGUCAGAAGAAGAUCACCAUUGGCUUUAUUGGAGUCUCAUAAUGCUCCUGUAGAGGCGGUUGAAUUCGACUCCCGUGACAAGAGCGUCGGUUACUCUGUUUCUCAAGACCAUACAAUAAAAACAUGGGAUUUGGUUACCGCUCGCUGCGUUGACACAAAGACUACUUCAUACUCACUUUUAUCAAUGACACAGCUACCCCAGUUGAACUUAAUCGCAUGUGGUUCUAGCGCUCGCCACAUUACGCUCCACGAUCCUCGUAUGGGCACAUCCACCAAGAUAACGCAGCAGCAACUUAAUGGGCAUUCCAAUUUUGUUGUAGCCUUAGACACCUGUCCUCAGAACGAAUACAUGCUAUGUUCUGCAUCCCAUGACGGAACUGUCAAGGUCUGGGACGUCAGAUCUAGCUCUCCUAUGUACACUAUCACCAGAGAAGCUGAUGUGACCAAGAAUGUUAACGAUAAAGUUUUUGACGUCAAGUGGGCUAAAGGCUUAGGUAUCGUCAGUGGCGGCCAAGAUAAGAAAAUUCAAAUUAACAAGGGCGAUGACAUCUUCAAGAAAUGA